AUGCGUUUUGCCGAUUUCGCUUUGGUGGCAUUGACUGCUGCAGGUGCCAACGCCGCUCCUCAUCCUCAAAAGAUUGACUUUAAGUCCCUCAACCCUGUUGUACAAUCUGUUCAAAGUGUACCAGUCGGUAUUACUGCCGAGGUUGUCACAUAUAAUCCUACUGCUGCUACCUCCUCAGCCGCCGCUGCUGUUACCACAAGUUCAGCUGUCAAGGCAAUAGAAACCACGUUGGCCACAAAAAGAAAAACUGGUCAACUUGAGGCCAGAGAUAGUGAUUGCUCAACUCAACCAGCAACCAUCUAUACUGGAACUAACCCAGCAGAUGAUCCAGAAUCUUUUUUGGCUUAUCAGCCAUUUGCUGAUACAGCCAAUAGCGCUGCAACUCCAUCUGGCUUUACCAGAUCUUUCGUUAACCUUAAAGCAUCCAACAAUGCUUUGAAAUACAUGGGAUUCACACAAUUGCCUACAUACGAUACCAAAGUUUGUGCUAGCAAGUGUUCCGAUAUCACUGGAUGCAAUGCCUUCAACAUCUACUUUGAACGCGACCCAUCUGUCGAUCCAGGUGCUUCUUGCACAAACCCAUCUUCCAUGACCAACGUCAAAUGUGUCUUCUGGGGUGGUGCACUUGAUGCCAAAACUGCAGUCAACGAUGGUCAAUGGCGCAGCACAUUCCGUGUUGUCAUUGCAGGAUCAAACGGUUACAACCUCAAUUCUUUCCCAACACCAGGUGGAUAUAAUCCACCUACAUCCCUUGCAGGCGCUUCUAUCAAUGCUCCAUUGGAUUGCAAAAAGGCUGAUACUUACCUCGGAUCUCGUUUCUUCACUGAUACCCCCUUCGAUGUCAGCCUUUGCACAGCAGCCUGUGAUGCCACCACUGCAUUCAAUGUUGCUCAUCCAUCUGCAACUGGUGUACAAACUUGUCAAUUCAUCAAUACCUAUAUUCUUUACUUGAACGGUGUUGCUCAAGGCCAAGCUUGUGCCAUGUAUACGGACACAUGGGACAUCAGUUAUGCUGUUAACACUGGAUAUACUAGCGGAACCGAUGUUUACACUAUCGACUCUUCUUAUACCUUGUCCAACUCUACCAAUCCAAACUACGCAGCAAAUUGCAAGAUUGCAGCUAGCUCAAGCUCAAGCAUUGCUAGCAACUCUACUGUUUCUCGCCGGGCUGCACACUAG